ACAAAACACACACCUUGCCAUGUUCCCUUGCUGCAGAUCACUAACAGAAUGGAUAACCCGCUUUUAUGCCUUUAUGGACCAACCCGACCUUGGGCACACAGCAGUCUCAGCCCAGAAAUAGUCUUUAUUAAUGUCAUUGGCCACACAGUAAAAAAGAGCUUGUCUGUUGAAAGGCUGGCUUAGGCAGCAAAAGGAUGUCCUCUGUCCUGUUGUUCAGUUGAAUGUACGGUGGUGGAGGUGGAUCUAUCUGUCCUUUCCGGUCAGGGGGAAUGCAUGUGCUUUUAGUUUGCAUUAGAACUACACAGACUUAUGGGAGCACUAUUAGACUUGAUCUAGCCUGUGGUCUGUCUCUCUAGACUGGAGUGAAGCUGUGCUCGGUUACUGGUUCUAUAGGCAGCGGUUGCUAGCAGGGGAGGACCACAGCCAACUCAGACGUCCCUACUGUACCUAGACUGAACUUGAUGCACAACCAUUCUGGACUGAGGUGUCCAUUGCCCUAAAUGAAGUGUGAAAUCAAAUCACAGUGAUAAUCACACAGGCAGGGCACUCGCUGGAUGCUACAGUAAUAUAUGUGAGAUGAAGGCCCAGCGAUGCUGCUGAGAUCCCCUCCGCCUCCUCGCCUCUGACGCCAUCAUGCUGAAGACGGAGGCCUCGGGGGAGAGGACCACUCUCCGGAGCGCCUCCCCCCACCGCAACGCCUACAGGACAGAGUUCCAGGCCCUGAAGAAGGCCUUCGACCAGCCGCCCCGGCAGGACGGCAAGGAGCCCGAGCUCAAGGACCCUGAGCGGGUCACCCAGCGCCGAGGACGACAGUAUGGCGCACACGUCAGCCGCAUCAAGGACAUGUUCAUGCAGAUGCAGGGCACAGAGAGCACCGUCGCCGCCACCAGGCGGGAAGACCCAUCGCCUCAGAAGAUGACCAAGCCCACCAACUUCAUCAACAAGGCAGACGGCUCGGUCAUCAAGCUGACUCAGCACCCUACAGCAGACCGAACCAGUGCAGGGUCAAAGGUCAUAGAGACCAGGAGGCUGUUUGAGCAGCAGUCGCGCGACGCCUCCCAGUCACCCGUCUACUCCUACGGUCGGGAGAAAAGGGGUUCUUAUGAGCACCUGGACGAAUGGCGAGGGGCGCGCUCCAACAGGGGCAGCACAGACUCCCUGGACUCGCUGUGUUCCAGAACGGAAGCCCAGUCACCCACAGUGAGCCAGCUGAGCGCUGUGUUUGAGAACGUCGACCAACAGGGAGGGGGAGGAGGGGGCGAGGGUCCAUUCCGGCGAGGCUACCGAGGCCGRGCACUAUACUCCCCUGACAAUUCCCACCGGCACAGCGACGUCAGCGAAGACGACUCGCGCCAGUCCCCGGUGCCUGGCGGAGGGUGCAGGAUCCGCGUGGGGGGAAAAUUCCCCAUAUCCUCGUCCUCAGAGGACCUCCUCAGCCCCAGCCCGCUGUCAGAGGCAGUGGAGCUAAAACCCGUCCCGCAGCAGGAGGAGCCCCAGGAGAGAGAGGAGACAGCAGGGGAGUUAGGACAGAGGGACAGAGAGAGACAUCCCGUAAGGGCCACCACCAACGUAGGCGAGGUGAACGGAUCGUGUGAUGAGAAACAGGCGGAGGAAACCGAAACCUUCAGAGAGACAGAAGGAGUCUGCAUGGUCUCAAGGCCCACGACUGACACCAUUGUCGGGGACAAGACUUCUGAGGACACCCCUGAUACCCCAGCUACUCCAGCCACGCCAGCCAAGGAUGAAGCCCAAGAGGAGGCAGAGGCCCUUGGGGGGGAGGUGGAGAUGGAGAAGGCUUCCUCCAGGGUUUCUCCAGAGGACCAGGCAGAAGAGCCCAAUGAGGAAUACAGUGGGAACGAAAGGGUGAUUUUUAACGCGGACGGGGACGCGUGCUACCAGGGCUGGGGGGAGAGCUGUACUGACCCUGACGAUGACCUUUAUGGUGACGAUGAUGUCAUCUAUGACCCUGGGAAUGAUCUUACUGAGAUCCCCGGUCUACCAGAAGAAGAGAAGGAGGAUAUCCCUCAGAAGAGGAAACUACGCUUCAGCACCAAACCCAUGAUGGUGUUCAACACCUACUGUAACGAGGACUAUGACAGGAGGAAUGAGGAGGUGGACCCGGUGGCCUCGUCAGCAGAGUACGAGCUGGAGAAGAGGGUGGAGAAACUGGAGCUGUUCCCUGUAGAGCUGGAGAAAGGCUGA